CUCCCUUCCGCUUUCCAUUCGCCCCCAAAAUCCCAACGACCCUUCAUUUUCUCUCUCUAGAAACACUCCCUCUCUCUGCUGCGUCUUUCCCUCUCCAUAGAGCUCCACAGCUCUACAAAUCUAAAUCCACAGUCGAGAGAGUUGGAAGAACAAAAUGCUCGCUGCAAUGAAGUUGCUCCUCUGCAUUUCCAGCAUCCUCUGCUUCCUGACUUGCUCCGACGCCAGAAUCCCCGGGGUAUAUUCCGGUGGCCCCUGGCAAAGUGCUCACGCCACCUUCUAUGGCGGCAGCGACGCCUCGGGAACCAUGGGUGGUGCUUGUGGGUACGGAAAUUUGUACAGCCAAGGCUACGGCGUGAACACAGCAGCACUAAGCACGGCGCUGUUCAACAAUGGACUGAGCUGUGGUGCCUGUUUCGAAAUCAAGUGCGACGCGGCGCAGGACCCCAAGUGGUGCAACCCCGGCAGCCCGUCCAUUUUGGUGACGGCCACUAAUUUCUGCCCGCCGAACUACGCGCUGCCCAAUGACAACGGCGGAUGGUGCAAUCCCCCCAGAGAACAUUUUGAUCUGGCCAUGCCCAUGUUCCUCAAGAUUGCACAGUACAGCGCCGGCAUCGUCCCCGUUAACUUCCGCAGGAUACCGUGCAGAAAACAAGGUGGGAUCAGAUUCACAAUCAACGGUUUCCGUUACUUCAACUUGGUCCUGGUCACCAACGUGGGGGGUGCAGGGGACAUCGUGCGCCUGAGCAUCAAGGGUGCGAACACCCAGUGGCUGCCCAUGAGCCGCAACUGGGGGCAGAAUUGGCAAUCCAACGCUGAUAUAGUGGGGCAGGCCCUGUCAUUUAGGGUGACAGCCAGCGACGGUCGCAAAUCAACUUCCAUGAACGUGGCACCCGCUAAUUGGCAGUUUGGGCAGACCUUCGUGGGCAAAAAUUUCAGGGUCUAAAACCCACGUCCCGCCUUCAAAUCUUCUCUUUUUUCCCGGGAAGAAAUUUGAAGAUAGAAAGUAGUACAACAAGGGUUUAAAAAAGCAAAAACAUAUAGUGGGAGGGAGUAGAAAUUUACUUUUACUAUAUAGGGUUAGAAAAAAGUGUGCAAGUGUGUCUUUUUUACCACUUUGAAAAUGGGUUUGCUGCUUUUUACCUUUUUAGUUGUGUUGGUAAAAAGUUGAAAGAAAAAAGGAAAAAGGGGGCAUCGUAGGAGGCUGAAGAGGCUGCAGGAAAAAGUUAAAAGGAAAUGUAGCCCGCAGCUUCGAACUAUCUAUAGUGUAAUGGAUACUCCUCACUACCUAAUAAUAUAUAUAUAUAUAUGUAUUGAUGAAAAUGUUUGAGUUUGCCUCUUUUA